AUAUCUAUCCCCUGAGUUGCAGUACCGAGUACUCGGCUAUCAUCGGAUAGGAAUGGAAGUGUUGGUAAAAGUGGAGCCGACGUGCGAGGACGAGCAGGGACUCGACUAUGACGGCCACGGGUAUGUCACAGAGGCUGGGCAGUCCCCAGAUACUUUGUCCGCACUGCCUAAAAAAGAAGUUCUAAUAGCAAUGGCAAACAAUGACGUUGCAAUUACUGAGAAAACUAUAGACAUAAAAGUAGAAAUAGAACGGGAAGAAGAAAAUGUAGACAUGAAGGAAGCUCCAGAUUUUGAGGACAGUCUAAAGCUUAAGAAAGUGGCACUGGAUGUGAAGACAGAGCCGUUGCCAGACGAGGAGCUGUAUGCGAACUGUGUGGUCAAGGACGAGCUUGUGUUAGGCCCGGAGACAGUGCAGAUGCCUCACAAGAAGCGGCUGAGUGAUAAACGAAGCCUGCCUGCCGGCGACACCGCGGAGCAACGCAGAUAUGAGUGUGACAUUUGUGGCAAAGUAUAUCAACGAAAACAUUCCCUGGUUAACCAUAUGAAGCUGCACUUGAAGUACAAGAAUAAGGUUUACCCAUGUAACUUAUGUAUAAAAGUGUUUUCAAAACGGAGUGCUUUAAACAUACAUGAACUAUCACACACUGGCGCGAAAAGAUUUUCAUGUGAGACGUGUAAUAAACAGUUCACUCAAAAGAAUUAUUUAAAAACACAUAUACUCACACACACGGGGGAGAGGCCAUACGCCUGUAACAUGUGUCCAAAGCGGUACAGACAAAAAAGUUAUUUAAUUAUACAUAAACGGAAACAUACUGGAGAAACACCAUACUCCUGCGAAUAUUGCGAAAAGAAGUUUAGAGAUUCUGGAAGUUUGAUGUCGCAUAGACGCGUCCACACUGAGAAAAACAACGACGCCGAUAAACCUCACGUCUGCAAAAUAUGUAAAAAGGGGUUUGCGAGAAUAAGUGUUCUAAACAGACAUGAAAAAUUACACACCGGCGCAAAAAACUUUUCAUGUGAGACGUGUAAUAAAAAGUUUACACAAAAAGGCCAUUUACAAGAUCAUAAACUCACACAUACGGGGGAGAGACCUUACGGCUGUAAUAUGUGUUCAAUGCAGUUCAGAAGGUCAACUCAAUUAAUUAUACAUAAACGAACACAUACUGGAGAGACACCAUACUCCUGUGAAUAUUGCGAAAAGAAGUUUAGUAGUUCGGGAAGUUUAGUGUCGCACAGACGUAUCCACACCGGGGAAAAAGCGAAAUUUGCCUGCGACAUAUGCAACAAAACGUUUAAGGGCAACCGGGACCUAAUGAUGCACCAACGAGUACACACGGGGGAGAAACCUUUUGUAUGCGAAAUAUGUAAAAAGGCUUAUAAGCAAAAUGCUCACUUAAAAACUCAUUCAAAAAUACAUACUGGUGAUUGGACACACUCAUUUCAUUGAUGCAUAAUGGAGUUAACGGCAUUAACUAGUUAAAAAAAAAAACAAAUAACUCUCUCAAAAAGAAGUCUUUUUUAUGUUAAGUGUGCAACAAGCGAAAUACACAGUUGGGAGAAACCUUACUGCGGUGAGUUUGUGAGAUAAGCAAAACAAUCUGGGUAUUUGAGUGUGCUCAAGAAAUAUAAUACCUAUAUCAAACUGAUUCAUGCAGGACAUGAUGAGCUUGUGAUGCUGAAAGUGAACAAAUUAAGAACUACGCGGGGCAUAUUUUUAUUUUAUGUAAAAGUGCUUGAUUGUGAUUUAUUUUUCUUCCUUUUGAAAGUAAAGUCGAAAAUGGCCAAGUCUGUUUGAUUAUGUUAU